AAUGUGUUCGUAUAUACUUAUGGUAUCGGUCAGGUUCGAGCAUGGAUCAAUGAAUGUGUUUGGGCAGAUCCGAAAUGAAAGUGAUCGUAACAGUGCUGGAGUGAUUCCAAAAUUGGUCUUCCGUGCAGAGGUUGCACUUUUUGUUAACCAUGAGGCUGUGUCAAACUCCGAGGAUGAAGCGGCUGAAGAUACUGACUAUGAGCUUACUUCAGACGAUGAGGCAGAAGAACUCGAAGAUAUUGAGAACAUAUCGGAGGAUGAGCCUAUCGAGGUGGAAGUAUCUGAGGCCGGUGCCAAUGAAGUGAAGGUGGUGGAUGGUGGCGCCGAGUAUGAAGAUGAGGAUGAGGAAGUAGAAGAUGAGGAGGAAUAUGAAGGCGAGGAAGAGGAAUAUGAAGACGAGGAAGAGGAAUACAAAGGCGAGAAGGGAGACGAGGACACUGAGAUUAGGAACAAUGUCGGGGGCGAUCCUACUGAUGAUGACAAUGAGGAAUAGACUACAUCGUAGAUGAUUGUUUUCCCGGUAUUCAAUCAAACGGAUUUCGUAUGCCCAAAUAGUUUCUGGUGCGAAUAUCUGAGGUAGUAUGAUGCAAAGUAUAUUGCAGUGUUCUCUUGUGUGCAGUAUAUGUGCUUGAAUAGAGUGCAAUGUUGUGU